UAAAAAAUUUGAAAAACAAAAAAUACGUUCAACAUGAAGAAAUUAUUUAAUUAUUGAAGGAGAGAUUUAUUUUGAUAAUAUUUAGUGAGAUAAUAGAUCAUCUUUUUGAGGAUUGAUAAGAAGCUUUGAAAUAAACAAAUCAGUGAUAAACAAAUAUUUGCUUGGAUAAUAAAUAUUUGGACAAAAAAUACAAUGGGAUUUUUGAAGUAUUCAAUUUUACCUGGACUUCAGCAAACAUUUAGAAGUUUAACAGGAAUGACUGGUAAUGUUGAUUACAAAUCAGCAAAAUCAAUCUAUGAUUUUGAAGCUGUUACACUUAAUGGAGAAGUUGUUCAACUGUCAAAAUACAAAGAUCAUGUUUGUUUGAUUAUAAAUAUUGCAUCAAAGUGUACACUGACUGAAAUUAAUUACAAGGAACUUAAUCAACUUUAUGAUUCAUAUGCUGAUAGCCAAGGACUUAGAAUUUUGGCAUUUCCUUGUAAUCAAUUUAACAAUCAAGAGCCUGGAGAUAGCAAAGAAAUAAUGGAAUUUGCUAAAAGUAGAAAUGCUAAAUUUGAAAUUUUCGAAAAAGUUAAUGUCAAUGGUGAUGAUGCUCAUCCUCUGUGGAAAUAUUUAAAACAAGAACAAAGUGGUACAUUGUUUGAUGAUAUCAAAUGGAAUUUUACAAAAUUUAUUAUUGAUAAAAAUGGAAAACCAGUUGAAAGACAUGGACCACAAGUUAAUCCAACUGGAUUAAUAGAAAAUCUUAAAAAAUAUUUUUAAAUAAUUAAUGAAAAAAAUUAUAUUUCAAUGGAUUUUUAAUAAACCAAAUUUAAAUAUUA